ACAACGGGUGUCUUUAAAGCAGCCGGCAAACACCUGUCACCACGACAGACGUUGGACGCAGUAGCCACGUCGGCACCGCGCCGAUCACUUCGACAGCGUUGCCUGGAACGCGGAUUCCCACAUGGAGGGCGAGUUCGUUUCUGGCGAGCUACUUCGUCUGAACUGCACGAGAGGCCACAACCGCGUCUGUCAACUGCUGCGACACCUGACAGCCUGCAACGAAGUCUUGUGGCACGCGGGCCUUCAGCUCAGCGAAGACACGAGAGACGAGCUCGGAGAAGUGAGCGUCGCGAUUGUGCCGAGCAUUCGCCGCCGAUUUCCGAGCCACACCGAGCGGGCCGCUAUCGCCCUCCUAUGCAGCCUGAUCGGAGAGCACCGGUGCAUUGUGUCUGCGGAGCUGAACUACUCAGUGGCAAACACAGGUCCACUGGACGGAGUCCUGGCGUCUUCAUCGAGUCUGAGAAGGCUCAGAGUCAUCGGAAUCGCGAGCGACCACCCGGAAAUUCACAAUCCGCUCUCACACACAUUGUGGUCCCUGCAUUACACUGACGAAUUCGUCUUCCACCCGGUCUGCGAACAUUCUUAUGCAAGAAUGACGAUCCCGAAUCGCCUUCUCACGCGAGACGGUGCCGUUCUUACGUCUUUGGACGUGGCCGGAACGAGAAUGAACCGAGCCACGGCCGGGAUGCUCAUCGACGCGCUCAUGGAGAACUGCACUGUCACUGAACUCUCCGUCGGAGCCUGCGUCUUUUCGUGCGGCGCCCGGAACCGACCGUCAGAGCGGUUUGUGCACUAUCUGACCAAGAAAGACGCGACGCUUCGUAAACUUACUCUGAGAGCGGUCUACUUCGAUACCGCACCCGCGUGUCAGAUCCUCGUGCAGGCCAUCUCCGCAGUGACGACGCUGCAAGAGUUAGCGGCGCAGUUUCACGCCGGCAGCCGAGACUACGUGCUCUUCACGAGAGUGAUCGCCGAGAGCCACAGUAUUCGCACGUUAAGCCUACGAUUCACGGGCUUCGGCGAUGGACAGAUGAUUCCGUACCCAACUCAACGCGGGCACGUAGUCGACGUGCACGCUUGGGCCUCGGCGUUGGUAGAAAACAGCACUCUGGAGAAAUUGGUCCUCGACAUGUCGUGGUCCUCCAGCGAAGACUGCUGCGUCUUACUGCGAGCACUCGCGAGCAACUGCUCAAUCCAGAAAUUGACCUUGCACGGUCUUCCCCACGACGGUGGCUUGCGGAAGGUCUGUGGCACGAUACGGGAGUACGAACUCGCCCAAAGAGUUUGCAUCGAGGACCACCGCGUUGGGCCUCGAGAUCUGCCAACGCUUUCGGACUGUCGUGAACUGACGGCCGUCAUUCUCAGUUAUGGAUACCUUCCGCACACGACUGACCUUCUAAGCGCCUUGGAUGUCCUGGCUACUUGCAACCACGUCACAUUGCUUACCGUAUGCCUCGACUUCUUCCACAUCGGCACUUAUGAAUCAUUGUCCGCUUACAUAAGAAGCGCGUCCGCGUUGAGAGCAAUUGACCUCACACUCCGGGUCGACCAAUUUCACGCCGACUACUUUCACGCCCAUUUUCCCGACGAGUCUCCCCUCGAUCGUUCUAUGUUUGCCUUGUGCGAAGCCUUGUCCUCGAACCUCGGCCUCACCAAGAUCAUGUUGGAGUGGACGGUGCAGUUACGAGAUGACGUCUACCCGGCGCUCGCCCGUGCCGCUACGAAUCCCCGUCUUCAGGAGCUCCGUCUGAGGGGCUUCGACGAAAACUUCUGCGCCGAAUUUCUGCGGUGUCUAAUGCCAGGAAUGGCCCAGGAGUACAACCUUCUCCGCCUGGAAAUCCACCCUUGUGCACCGGCCAACGCCGAGAUGUUCGCUGCCCAAGACAUCGCGCGACGUAACCGCAGUCUCGUCGAACGAGCGACCAGAUUCGUGGUGGGAGACCGCGAGCCUUACUGCGCGCGGCCCUUCGAGCUCCUCUCGGAGCACCCGGUACUCGUCGACAGUGUUCGAGCCAGGGCGUCGCUACGAGGAGAGGCCGAAGCUGCGAACGCGAUCAAGGGCGUCAAGCGGAGUCUCGGCCUUGCCGACGUUGACGAGUACAUGCGCCUGACCGGCGUCGUCGAGACACGGGUCGAGUGCAAUGUCCGGCACGGCGGCGGCAAGCAGUUGGACCAAUUGAACUACGACUGCUGGACUCGCAUUCAGAAAUACCUGAAGGUAGCCGACGUAUUAGAAACCUGAAGAGAGUUCACCAAGUCAUUCUUUGUGUCGCACCUUCGCCGAACGCCCAAUUUGCAGUCUGUUCCUCGUUGACCCCAAUGCUGGCAUACACCGAGCCUUCACAGAGCCCCAUAGCCAACGGUCCACACACUGUCGUGCUUCAAUUAUGCCUCGAGUGGUUCUACAUCCUGAUGCAAUGUGCCACGCCCUCACUAAAUCGAGUGACUUGCACAUAGGAAACGGUACCAAUCGGCACUCGCUCCCGUGUUGACUGAUAUCACGGCCGUCAGCUGUGACCGGGGAUGAGUUCCAGGCAAAGCGUGAUUUCGGGACGUGGACAGUACGCGGCAAUUGUUUGUGUGAACCAUCCUGUUUCAUUUUUCGGUGUCCAUUGUCAUGAUAGCCAUUUUAUUCCUCUCAUUUUACUCCUUUCUUAGCACGCCAAGUCGCAGGCCGUGGCUUGACACCCUGGGUCGUCGUUUACCAUUUCCUCUUGAAGCUUAUUUUCAAUCCCUCAUUCCGAGAGGAACAAAGAGAGGGGGAACAUCAUUUGCGAUCUCUGGUAUAAGUUCGCUGUUUAUGUACGUCCUGGGUGCAAGCUGAUAAACAUAGCGUCUUUUAAUAUACGUAUCACUCACUUUCGUCUCCUGACAAGGCGACAUGUUCAGCCGCAAGUAAUGACACAUGGUGAGAGCAAACCUAGAGAAGUCUUAAUAAAGAUUCUUCUUGUUCAACAUCAA